AUGAUGUCCUGUUUUCACGAUCUCCAUCACACAACGGACGCAAGCUCUGCAACGAUGCAUCGGGGUCGCAGAGUGGUGCACCGAGGACUUAUUUGCACAAUUCUACAAUCGCAGCUCAAAAGCAAUCGCCCUACAGUUUCUGGUCUCUUCUCUCGUGAUGAAAUGGACGAACUGCUCUCCAACCUGGUUUCUACCAUGAAAAAAGAGUUUCCAAAGCGUCCUCCAGAAAAUGAGCUGCUCCUCGACUACUUUAUGCAACGUGUCCGCAAGAACCUGCAUAUUGUGCUCUGUUUUUCACCAGUUGGUGAGAAGUUCCGUCAACGGGCGCUCUACUUUCCGGGCCUAAUCUCCGGCUGCACCAUAGAUUGGUAUCAUCGUUGGCCGCAGGAUGCACUGCAUGCUGUUGCUCAGAGUUAUUUGGGUGAAUUCGACAUCACCUGUACCACAGCCAUGAAGGGCGCUCUGAUACAGAUGAUGGCUUCCGUCCACGAUGACGUGGCGGCCAAGUGUCAGGCCUACUUUGUCCGAUACCGUCGCACAACACAUGUGACGCCAAAAUCGUACAUUUGUUUCCUUACGGCCUACAAAAAGAUAUAUCAAGAACAGGUGAGCUAG